AUGAGGCUUCUCACCCUAAUUUGUAUGGCUCCCCUCCACGCCACCUUUACCUUGGGAAUUAAACCCGAAGUUUUCAAGGAAACCAUGCAAGGAUCUCUCGUGCCCCUAUUAAACAAAAAUUUCGGAAUAAACUGUGAUUCCCCAACAACAUACAAGUCGAAAACUAUCAGGAUUUUGGCUAAGAAAGCAAGAAAGGACAGCCAGCAAGGACUUAGCCAUACAUUGCGAUUUAUACAUCCCAAGUAUCCCACGCUCUCUUUUUACGCCUAUCCCUUCAAACAUCAUAGAAUAACUGAAAAUGGUAAAAGUGUUACUGAUUACCUCAUUUAUAAUGAUGACUGGUUUGCUGUGGAUGGAGCGAUUCGCACUAUUGGCGACAAUUAUGAUGUGUUUAAAUUUUGUACAUUCUUACCCGGUACUUCCUUUACUAAUACUGAUGGAUCAGUAAUUACGAUUUCUCAGGAUGAAGCUAUCGCAGGCCCCGAGGCUAGGCCAAUAAAACUUCCAAUAUCAAAAGAGGCACACCCAAUGAAUGAACCAUCCCAUGAGUUAUGGGAUUCUUUUAGAGGCUUGAAAUAUCCGAUUAUCAAUGACGUUUUGAAAUCCAACGGUCUCGAUGAUUAA